AAAAAUAGGUCCAAACCGAAUAAUUAGUCCGAAAUAGAGAGAGGUGUCGAUUAAGUCAUCCACACCACCUAACCGACAAUAGGGUCCGACCCCUUUUCAAUCAUCAUUCAUUCCUCUCUCUCUCUCUCUCUCACUUCUCACACACACGCACACAGUCAUACGCUCUUCUCGUCCAUAAUCAGUGGCGCUGAGCAGAACAACUGAAUUUUAAACCAUCGCUACAUAAACUCCCAAAAUGAGAAGGCUGGGGCAUCGACACCAAUCAAAGCAAUCCGGAGUUAAGGGCAUGUUUGGCAGGCUAUCGUUUGCUGUAAUCGUUCUGGUGAUCUGUACUGUUUCGCUAUUGUCCACUGUAAAGAGCAACACGCGAUCCAUCUCUCGAUCCCAGAUUGAUGUCGAUACGCUUUGGGAUACAGCUGCUUCUGGUGGAUGGAGGCCAUCAUCUGCUCCGAGAUCUGAUUGGCCCCCUCCCCCAGCAGAAACUAAUGGGUACUUACGAGUUCGUUGUAACGGUGGCCUCAAUCAGCAAAGAAGUGCGAUCUGUAAUGCUGUGCUAGCUGCUCGAAUCAUGAAUGCUACUCUUGUGCUGCCUGAACUGGACGCAAAUUCCUUCUGGCAUGAUGACAGUGGUUUUCAUGGUGUCUAUGAUGUCGAGCAUUUUAUCAAGUCACUGAGAUAUGAUGUACGAAUAGUGGAAAGCAUUCCAGAAGUCAGGAAAAAUGGGAAGACCAAGAAGAUGAAAGCUUUUCAGAUACGGCCUCCUAGAGAUGCUUCCGUCAGUUGGUAUACAACAGAUGCUUUAGCAAAGAUGAAAGAGCAUGGUGCUAUUUAUCUUACACCAUUCUCGCAUCGUUUGGCAGAAGAAAUAGACAACCCUGAGUAUCAGCGCCUAAGGUGUAGAGUGAAUUAUCAUGCCUUACGGUUUAAGCCUCACAUUAUGGAGCUCAGCAACUCAAUUGUGAAUAGACUUCGUGCACAAGGUCAUUUCAUGGCCAUACAUCUUCGUUUCGAGAUGGAUAUGCUGUCAUUUGCUGGGUGUUUUGAUAUAUUUACUCCUGAAGAACAAAAGGUCCUGAAAAAAUAUAGGGAGGAAAAUUUUGCGCCAAAGAAACUUGUUUACAGUGAGAGAAGGGCGAUUGGAAAAUGUCCUCUAACUCCAGAAGAGGUUGGUCUGAUCUUGCGAUCAAUGGGUUUUGACAACUCGACCAGAAUAUACCUUGCAGCUGGCGAACUUUUUGGUGGUGACCGGUUUAUGAAGCCUUUUCAGUCUUUGUUCCCUCGCCUUGAGAACCACAUUUCUUUAGACACCAGUGGUGAACUGGGGAAGAAUAGUCGUGGUUUAGUGGGCUCUGCUGUGGAUUAUAUGGUCUGUCUGCUCUCAGACAUAUUCAUGCCAACAUAUGAUGGGCCAAGCAACUUCGCAAAUAAUCUUCUUGGCCACCGCCUUUAUUAUGGUUUCCGUACAAACAUAAUACCUGAUAGAAAAGCUCUUGCUCCUAUCUUCAUUGAGCGGGAGAAGGGGCAUACAUCUGGUUUUGAAGAAUCUGUUAGGCGCGUAAUGCAAAACACGAACUUUGGCGGGCCUCACAAGCGGGUCCAGCCUGAGUCGUUUUACACAAAUUCAUGGCCAGAGUGCUUUUGUCAGAUGUCAGCAGCCAAUCCGGCCGACAGAUGUCCACCCGAUAAUGUCCUGGAUAUCUUGGACAGUCAGAUGACUACAAGUGGAACUGAUGAUCCAGAAUAUGCCACUUCAAACUCAACAUCUGUCGUAGAAAAGUAGGAUUACUAUAUACGAGCUCUAGUUAAGACAUGUCCAUAAUCCCUAGAGCUACAUCAUGACGCCAAGUUGCAGCCAUUGGUGGUACUUUAUUCUAAUUUGGCUCUGCAGGUACUUCUUCUGUUAGUUCUUACAUCUUAUAGAAUUUAAUAUGAUAUAGGAUGUAUUCGUCUAUUGGUCGAUUGUCCCCAUUAGAUAUUGUGGAAGGAAAAAUUAUGUGGCACGUUUAUAGAAUCUUUGACAUUCUUUAUAUCGUUGCAGUCUUCUUGGUUUGCAACUUCCAGUGACUUGAAGAAAUUAAGAAAAGUAGCAACAAUUAGCUUGGGAAGUUCUACAUACACAGAGCCUGUGGGUGAAGUAGAGGAUCCGAGUGGUAUAUUCUGAUGUAAGCAUUUUUUGCUGAAUCUGAGCAUAUGUUGUUUUUGUAGGAUGACUUUUUCAUAGCAAACGUAAUACUGUGUUUGUAAAUUCCAUGAGAUGGAACCCAAAGCAUCUUCCUCAAA